AUGCGUCUCAUGCUGCUCCUGUCAAUUUUCUGCAUUUUAUUUCUAGUGUGCCCUUCGUCUCAGCAAUUCCCCCGAAUCUGCACAACCGCCGAGGUCCUCCGAACCAAGCAGUGCUGUCCAGUGUGGGAAGGAGACGGAUCGGUCUGUGGUGCCACUUCGGGCAGGGGGUUCUGCCAAGAUGUUGUGGUCUCUGAUCUUCCCAAUGGACCACAGUACCCCCACACCAACAUAGAUGACAGAGAGAGGUGGCCUUUGGUGUUCUACAACCGCACCUGUCGGUGUGCUGGUAAUUUCAUGGGUGUCAAUUGCGGGGAAUGUAAGUUUGGCUACUUUGGUGCCAACUGUGCAGAGAGGAGGGAGUCGGUCAGAAGGAAUAUAUUCCAACUCUCGGUGACCGACAGACAAAAGUUUAUCGCUUACCUGAACCUGGCAAAGAACACUGUUAGCCCAGAUUACGUGAUCGUGACUGGCACGUACGACCAGAUGAACAACGGGGAAAAUCCGAUGUUUGCGGACAUCAGUGUCUAUGACCUGUUUGUGUGGAUGCACUACUACGUGUCCCGAGACGCCCUUCUCGGGGGAGCAAACAAUGUGUGGACUAAUAUCGAUUUUGCCCACGAAUCUGCGGCCUUCUUGCCCUGGCAUAGAGUUUACCUGCUAUUCUGGGAGCACGAAAUUCGUAAAUUGACAGGAGACUUCAACUUUACCAUCCCAUACUGGGACUGGCGAGACGCGCAGGACUGCGAAAUAUGUACCGACGAGUUGAUGGGAGGACGGAGUCCACUGAACCCGAAUCUAAUCAGCCCUGCGUCAGUGUUCUCAUCAUGGAAGGUGAUAUGCACUCAGCCUGAAGACUACAACCGCAGAGAGGUGCUAUGCAAUGGCACAGGAGAAGGGCCGCUCCUGCGUAACCCUGGCAACCACGAUCGGAGGAGAGUGAGUCGUCUUCCCACUUCUGCUGACGUUGAAUUCGUGGUUAGCCUCACUGAAUACGAGACCGACCCCAUGGACAGGACAGCCAACAUGAGCUUCAGAAAUGCCCUUGAAGGUUUUGCAAGUCCUGAGACUGGCAGGGCUGUCCAAGGUCAAAGCACCAUGCACAACGCUCUCCACGUGUUCAUGAAUGGCUCCAUGUCCUCCGUCCAGGGCUCUGCUAAUGAUCCCAUCUUCCUCCUCCACCACGCCUUCAUCGAUAGCAUCUUUGAACAGUGGUUGCGUAGGCACCAGCCUCCCAGAACUCACUACCCUGCAGCCAAUGCCCCCAUUGGACACAACGAUGGCUACUACAUGGUCCCCUUUAUCCCCCUAUACAGAAAUGGGGACUACUUCCUAUCCACGAAAGAUCUGGGCUACGAAUAUGCCUACCUGUUAGACCCUGGCCAGCGGUUCGUACAGGAGUUCCUCAGCCCGUACCUCGAACAGGCCAGGCAAAUCUGGCAGUGGCUUGUGGGGGCUGGAAUCCUGGGAGCCCUGGUGGCUGGCAUUGUCGCCGCCGGCGUGGCCCUGGUCUGUCGGAAAAGGAGGAGGCAGAAGAAAAAGAGGGCAUCGGCAUAUGGGGAGAGACAGCCUCUGCUAAAUAGCAGCGAGGAGAGCUCCACCUCCUACCAGACCACACUGUGAGGACAUCUCACA